AUGUCUGACUUCAAUCAAAUCGCUCAGCAGUUCGUUGAGUUCUACUACAACACCUUCGACAGCAACCGCAGCGGUCUUGCCAGCCUCUACCGCGCCGAGUCGAUGCUCACUUUCGAGACUGCCUCCGUGAUGGGCGCUGAGCAGAUCACCGAGAAGUUGACCAGCCUGCCCUUCCAGCAGGUGCGCCACCAGCUCGCUACCCUCGACGCUCAGCCCUCUGGUGACAGCAUCAUUGUGCUCGUCACUGGUGCUCUCCUGGUCGAUGAGGAGCAGAAGCCCAUGAACUACACCCAGCUCUUCACACUGAAGCCCCAGGAUGGAAGCUUCUUCGUCCUGAACGACGUCUUCCGUCUGAUCUACGCUGCUGCUUAA